CCUAGCAACGCUUCAAACAACCUGAGGUGCACUUGAGCUAUAAGCUAGCUCAUUAAGACUGCUUUAAUCUUUGGAAACAAUUCAGGAGCAGCUGCGACUUUAUGAAUAAUGGACCGAGAACUAAACGAAGAGGAACUGCAGGACCUGUUUGCCUGGAUAGAUAAGAUACCUCUGUCUCGGCCCAAAAGACACAUCACAAGAGACUUCAGCGACGCAGUGAUGGCUGCUGAGGUGGUGAAACAUUUCUUCCCCAAGCUUGUUGACCUGCACAACUAUGUUCCUGCAAGCUCCACACAGCAGAAGCUCAGCAACUGGAAGCUUCUCAACAGGAAGGUAUUUUCCAAGCUGAUCUUUCAUGUGCCUGAGGAGACACUGAAGAAAAUUACACUGAGCACCGCAGGAGCAGUAGUGCCUGUCCUGAGCGCCCUCAGGGAGAAGAUAGACAAGAAACUGGAGGACACCAACAACAAUAUGCCGGAUGUGGAGUAUUAUGACACCAGGGACCAGGAGAAACCACAUGCAGAUCUUCUGUGCCCCGAGUUAAGUCUAAUCAGUCCCAGAGAUAGAAGUGACCACUCAGAAACACAAAGAAACCUCCACUUGGAGGCAUCAGAAAUUCAUCAGACUGAGAUAAGACUUCUGACUCAGCUCGCAGAGUUGAAAAAAGAUGAGAAGAACAUGCAGAAAAACAGUAAAGUGGAACAUGCAGUAAAGUUUUACUCAGCCAUGGAUCCUACUUUUCAACAAAUCCUGAAGGAAAAAGAAAAAGCAAUCAUGUCUUUGAUGGAGACUCUGGAGAUCCUGCAGAUGAAAGUGAACAAGUUGGAACAUCUGGUUCACUUGAAGGACAUACGAAUUCAAGAUCUGACACAGCAUCUGGAGAUGUACAAAGCAAGAGGCAACACACACUGAAGCAGCUGUAAAACUACACACAAAGAGAAGCUUCUGUCUCAGUUAUGAUAUAUAUCCUGCA